AUGGGCGGCAACGGCUACCAACACGGGGGCUGGCAGCAGGGCGGCAAGGGUGGCCGCGGCAAGGGGGGUUGGCAGCCGCGUGCCCCAUGCCAGCCGCACCAGCCGCCCUCCGGAGGUGGUGGCUUCGGAGGCUUCGCCUCCAUCACGAACCAGUUCAACGACAUGAUGGGGAGCCUGGCGGCGCUGGGCCAGAUGGCAGAGAUCGGCACGGCGCUCUCCCGCCUCCACCAGGGCGGGUCGCUCCCGCAGAGCGGAGGCCAGCAGCCUCAGCCAUCUCCGGCGGCUGCUCCGGCCCCUCAGGUGGGCACGCGCGAGGUGGCCGAGGCCCUCACGGGCAUGCUCUCGGACGUGCAGCGCGACGAGCAGCAGCGGAACAGGGAGGGCGACUCACGCUUGACCACAACGAUCCGCAGGCUCCAGGACUUCGUCGGACCUGACCCGCGGCAGCCUCGGUGUGCCACCAGCGAGGUGGACAAUGUGGAGGCCUCCCCCGCGCCCCAACAGCUGCGCCGUCAAGCGCAGAGCCUCAGCGACACCCAGACGGAGCAACAGCGCACGAUCGCGCGCAUCGACAACACGACUUCCAACAUGAGCUCCGACGUCCAGGCCGUCAGCAACAUGAUGCGUGAAUUUCUCCAAGAGCAGCGUUCGCGUGGAGGUGGACCCGCGCGCCCUCCGGCUGCCGGGGCCGCUGCGGCGCACCCAGGGCCAAUCAUGGAAGCCACGAUUGAUGCCGAUUUGCACGACCGUGUCCUACCGCACAUUGGCAUUACGAUCGCCCGUCGCGAGGCGGCGGAACUGAAAAACGACUGUCCGCUCAACUACGGGGCUUGGUGGAGCCGUGCGGGCAGGCUUAAGUCUGUUGCCCAGUGGUCUGAGAAGCUCCAACGCCUGGGUGCAUCGGCGGAUAUGGUUCGGGACCUCACGAUGGAGACGGCUGGCACGAUAUUGUACCAGCAAUUGUCCAGCGACGGCCAUGUGGUGGAGGAUGUGCUCCAGGAGGCGCCGCCCCCGAACUGA